GAAUACACACAUUCAGAAUCUUUUAUCUUGAAGGAAAUGAAUCUCAGCCAAACGAAUGUUAACAGUGCCAAAUCGGGCAGCACCAAGGCCAGGGAUUUACUGUGCAGAAUGGAUGUUGUGCCGGAUUGGCAUACUUCGUGUCCUCACAGGCAGAAAUUCACUCAUUUAAGACCCCAUUCUUCACCGUGUAGAGUCUGUUCAAGAAAUGGUUUCCCAAAUAUGUUCAGACCUUCUUCAACCACGGCUAUUGCAAAUCCAAUACUGUCCUUCUUAGAUGUUAAGCGGAUUUUAUUUCAAAAAAUUACCGAUAAAGGAGAUGAGUUGGUAAAAGCCUUUCAGCUGCUCGAUACCAGUCACACCAUGACAGUGUCCAAGAGUGAACUGAGAAGAGUUGUCACCACCUUCCUGCUGCCUCUCACGAGAGAACAGUUUCACGAGGUGCUGGCCCAGAUCCCUCUCACCAGCUCUGGUGCUGUUCCCUACCUUGAAUUCCUGUCCAGGUUCGGUGGACUUGACCUAAAUAUAAAUGUUAUAAAGCGGGGCAGUGGAAAUGAAAUGAAUGGCUCUCGGACCUUGAAAGAACUUGAAAUCCAAGUAGGAGAAAAGAUUUUAAAAAACAUUAAAACCGUUAUCAGUGCCCUCAAGCUCCUCGAUGUCAACAAGACCGGUCUGGUCCAGCCUCAUGCGCUGAGGAGGGUUCUGGAGACCUUCUGUUUGAAGAUGAAAGACGAGGAAUACAAGAAGUUUGCACAAUACUACGGCAUCGAUAAAGAUACUGCAGUGGAUUAUAACAUUUUUUUGAAGAACCUCAGUAUAAAUAAUAACCUAAACCUUAGGUACUAUAUGGGAAAUCACGAGGUCUCAUGGGAGAAUCAACAAGUCAAAAAUUCCAGAAGGGACUGCCUCCUCAGUUCUGAUUUAUCCGAAAGCUCCUGGGAAGACUACUCCUUAGAUGAAAUUGGAAGGACCUUUUGCCAGGAGUUUUCAAAGUCGCGUGAGAAAAUUGAAAAAGCCCUGAGCGCGGGGGACCCCUCCCAGUGCGGGUACAUAUCUUUGAAUUACCUCAAGAUCGUCCUCGAUACCUUCGUGCGCCGACUGCCGAGGCGAAUUUUCAUCCAGUUAAUGAAAAGAUUUGGGCUUAAAACCACCAAGAAAGUCAAUUGGAAGCAAUUUCUAGCAUCACUGCAUGAUCCUCAGUGGAUGAUGGAAGUUGACAACACAGUUCCGCUGGCAAAAAAAAUUAGCAGCGACUCUAAACAUCAGCCUCACCAGGAAAAUGUCAUCACAAGGUUGUUUAGACACAGAGACCUCCACACAUCGCUGAAGAAGGCCCUGAUGCUCAUCGACACCAAACUGGAUGGACAGAUAAAAGGGGAAGAAUUGCGACACAUCAUAAAUUGCAUGGUCGUGAAAAUAAGCGACUCAGAAUUCAGAGCACUAAUGCGGACGCUUGACCCCAGCGGCACAGGGCUGGUGGACGUGCGCGCGUUCGCCCAACUGCUCGAGGACAGCUGCCUGGUAAGAAAGCCGUCCCCCCACGCGGAGCCCCGGACUCCUCUCCUGCUGGCCCAGGACUCGGUGGAAGAGAUGGUCCGUGAUGCCAUCGGCAGGAACGUCCUGGCUUUCUACAACAUGCUGCACUCCUACGACCUCGGGCGCUCCGGGCUCAUGGGCGCCAACAACUUCAAGAAAGUCAUGCACAUAUUCUGUCCCUGUUUAACGAUGGAGGAUUUAACGAAACUCUGCAGUCUGUUCCGGGAUACGGCUUCGGGAAGAGUCCUUUAUAAGAACCUCUUGGCCAGCAUAGGGGUCCAUGGCCCGCCCUCCGCGUCUCCAGCCCUCACUCCAAAGGAUCGGCCAUCACGGGAACGUUCUCAGAAGGAGGAGCUGCAGGCGCCAGAUGGUUCUGAGAGAGCCAAGCCCACGGAGGAUAAAGGGACCUCGGUCAAGAGUGUGACCAAGGAGGAAGCUAUUAAAAAACUCAAAACCUGUCUGCAGCAGGAGGACCCAACAUUCCAAAAACGAUUUCCUGACUUCAGCAAGGAACUUGAUGGCAAAAUUAAUGUGCGUGACUUCAGGAAGGUGCUGCAAGGCCACGGAAUGCCCAUGGACAAUGACCAGUACGCCCAGCUGACGGCCAGAGUGGGAUUUAAGAGAGAAGGGAUGAGUUCUCUGGAUUUUGCGACAGGACUAGAAGGUACCAAAACGAAGGGGCCGCAGGUGACCCCACCUCAGACUGCAACUCCUCCAAAAAGUAAAGUGACCAGCGAUUUCGUCAGUGCUGAGGAAUGCCUGAAACUUCUCCCUGAGAGGCUGAGGGAGUCCUUCCGGGACCCCUACGCGGCCUUCUUCAGGAUGGACACCGACAGGGACGGCAUCAUCAGCAUGCACGACCUGCGCCACCUGCUGCAGCGGUUACUGUUCAAUCUCAAAGACGAAGAGUUUGAGCGUCUGCUGGGCCUUCUGGGCCUGAGACUUGGCGUCACGUUAAAUUUUCGGGAAUUUCGAAAUUUGUUUGAGAAGAGCCCACUCACAACAGACGACGCGCCUCAACGACUCGUUAGGACAAAACAGAAGGUUGCAGAUUCAGAGCUAGCUUGCGAACAGGCUCAUCAGUACCUUGUUACCAAAGCAAAAACCAGAUGGUCAGACUUGUCCAAGAAUUUUAUAGAAACUGACCGUGAGGGUGCCGGCAUUGUCCGCCGACGGGACAUAAAGAAUGCGCUGUACAGCUUUGACAUUCCCCUCACACCGCGGGAAUUUGAAAAGCUCUGGAUGCGCUACGACACUGAGGGAAAAGGCCACCUGACUUACAAGGAGUUCUUGCAGAAGCUGGGGAUCCACUACUCAGCGGAUGUCCACCAGCCCUACACAGAGGACCACUUCAACUUCAUGGGUCACUUCACCAAGCCACAGCAGGAGCCAGCCGAGGUCACGGAGCUGCUGCAGGGCACCGGGAAGGCGGCGCCAGCCAGGGAUAAGCUGCAGGACCACUAUCAAGACAUCAGGAAAGCACUGGCCAAGCUCGCGGACCCCAGGAGCGGCUCCGUGUCCACGUGCCAGCUGCGGCAAGCGCUGCAGGACAGCGGCUGUCCCCUCAGGGACGAGGAGCUGGCCGAGCUCCUGGACAGUUGGGGAAUCAGCUGGCAAAAUAACUCCAUCAAUUACCUUGACUUCUUGAGAGCAGUGGAGAACAGCAAGCCACCAAGGCCUGAGCCGAAACAGACAGACUCGGGCGUGCCAAUCAACUUCGCGAAGCUACACCCUGAGGAGGUUCUGAGGAACAUCCAGAAAGUUGUCACCUCCUCCAGCCAGGCUCUGUCCACGGCAUUUUCUGCCUUGGACAAAGAGGACACUGGGUUUGUAAAGGCUUCGGAUUUUGGACAAGUUCUUAAGGAUUUCUGUUACAAACUAACAGAUAACCAGUACCAUUAUUUCCUGAGAAAACUAAGAAUUCAUCUAACCCCCCAUAUAAAUUGGAAGUAUUUUCUCCAGAGCUUCGCCGGUUUUCUUGAAGAGACUGCCUCUGAGUGGGCUGAGAAAAUGCCCAAGGGCCCGCCACUCAGGUCUCCCCAGGAAAUGGCAAACCAUGAGGUCCUGGCCCGGCUCCACAAGGCGGUGACUUCCCACUACCACGCCAUCGCCCAGGACUUUGAGAACUUCGACACCUUGAAGACGAGCACCGUGUCCAGGGACGAGUUCAGGGCCGUUUGUACGCGCCACGUCCAGGUUCUAACGGACGAACAAUUCGACAGGCUGUGGAGCGGGAUGCCAGCGGACGCCAAGGGCCGGCUGAAGUACCUGGACUUCCUGAGUAGGUUCAAUUCGGAGAAAGCGGCGACCCCGCCGGGCACGAACGACUCGGCCCAGGCCCACAGAGGGAGCGACGGCCCCAGAGUCUCGGCAGUAAGCAGGUCUGGGGGGUCACUGCCCACCCGUGACCUGAAAGCAGGGACGAUGCCGCGGAGCCAGCCCUCUACAGCCGCCAGCACGGGCACAGUGAUGGGCACCCCGCCCCUGCAAAACUGCGAGCCCGUGGAGCGCAGGCUGCGGAGGACCAUCCAGGGCUGCUGGCGGGAGUUCCUGAAGGAGUGCAAGGAGCGGGAUGCGCACAGGCGAGGGGCCGUCACCGCGGCCGAGUUCCUGGCUCUUGUGGAGAAAUUCAACCUGGACAUCAGUGAAGAGGAGUGUCAGCAGCUCGUCACGAAGUACGACCUGAAAGGCGACGGGAGCUUUGCGUACUGCGACUUCAUCCAGAGCUGCGUCCUCCUGCUGAAAGCGAAGGAGACCUCGCUCAUGCAGCGGAUGAAGAUCCAGAAUGCCCACAAAAUGAAAGAAGCUGGUGCUGAGACUUCCUCCUUUUACUGCGCAUUGCUGCGCAUUCAGCCCAAAAUUUUGCAUUGCUGGCGGCCGAUGCGACGCACUUUCAAAGCCUACGAUGCGGGUGGCACGGGGCUUGUCGGUGUGGCUGAUUUCCGGAAGGUCCUGAGACAGUACAGCAUCAACCUGUCGGAGGAGGAGUUCUUCCACAUUCUGGAAUAUUAUGACAAGACACUGUCUUCAAAAAUCUCCUACAACGACUUCCUCCGGGCCUUCCUCCAGUAGGGCCCACGCGGUGUGCCCGGCGUGGGCAGACGGAGACGGCAGGGCCUGUCCCCAAGACUGACA